UCCUGCACUUUCCCCCACUCAUCUCCCCAGAAGCUAAGGGGGCCUCUUGAAAGUGCAAACCACAUCUCGGCCCUGAUUUAGACACCCUCCGGUGGCUUCCCCCUGCUCUUAGAAUAAAAACAGACUCCUCAGCUUGGCCUGCGAGGUCCAGCCCAACCCAGCCCCUGGCUGUGUAUCCACGCUUAUCUCCCUGUCCCUCUCUGCUCUGCAGCCACUUUCUGCUCCUUUCCGCCCCUUACACAGUGCACACACCUUUCUCCCGCAGUGCCUUUGUUUUUGCUGUUCUCUCUGCCCAGAACCCUUUUCCCUCGUAGCCCUGGCUCCUCAGGUGUCAUCUCUGACAGGCCCGCCCAUCAUCCUUUUUAGCUUGUUAUUGUGGCGUGGCUGACUAAUAACAACCCCUUUCCCUCACGUCUCAAUUUGGAUUCCUGAAUUCUGGAAACUGAGGCUUAGAACAGAUCAGUGACUUGCCCAGGGUCACACAGCCUGGAGAAAUGGAGGACUCCAGCCUAGGACUGACCGCUCAAGUCCCUGCACCUCCUGCCUGCAGCCCACCUCUCCUGGUACACGUACUCUUACUGAAACUUGUUCCAGUGACUUUCUGGUCACCAGAUGUUUUCCUGUCCCACUUCAAGUUUGUGUGGAACCAAGACACUCAGACAGACUCAGGGGCGGAGGGUGGUGAUCACAGAGAUGUUCCCACAGAGGAAACUCCUGCUGGGACAGGCAACAUCAGGUCCCCUCCCGGGAGUGGCCGCAGCAGCGAGGAUUUCUCCCUCCAGGCUGGCACUGACACCACCGGCCAGGAGUGGGUGGGAGCUCAGCUGGACGAGGAUGGAGAUUUGGAUGUCGUGAGAAGACCGCGAGCUGCCUCUGACCCCGAGCCAGCAGGGCCUCUGAGAGACAAGGUACACCCCAUGAUUCUAACACAGGAGGAAGAUGACAUCCUGGGAGACGAAGCACAAGAGAGCAGCACCCGCGAUGUCAUCAAAAUAGAACACACCAUGGCCACGCCCCUGGAGGAUGUUGGCAAGCAGGUGUGGCGGGGUGCCCUGUUCCUGGCUGACUACAUCCUCUUCCAGUGGGACCUCUUCCAGGGAUGCACCAUGCUGGAGCUCGGGGCUGGCACGGGGCUUGCCAGCAUCGUCGCAGCCACUGUGGCACGGACGGUGUAUUGUACAGAUGUCGGUGCUGAUCUCUAA